AUGUCCGACGAUGAGAUGAACAUUGAUGAAGUGACUGCCGGAGGAGCAGUCAGAAGAAGAGGCAGGGGGUUUCAGAAAACAGGGGAAAACGAGGGCACCGUUAAUGCUGAGCCAACGUAUGAUCGUGUAGAGUCGACGCACGUCAGCCAGGACACCAGGGCAGCACGCUCCGUUGAAGGAUGGAUUGUGCUUGUCACGAACGUACAUGAGGAAGCAACAGAAGAGGACGUAACAGACAAAUUUGCAGAGUUCGGCGAAAUCAAAAACCUCCAUCUCAAUCUCGACCGUCGAACGGGAUACGUCAAGGCAAGUAAACAAACACACGGGUACGCGCUUGUCGAGUAUGAGACAAUGGCAGAGGCACAAGCCGCGAUUGACGGCGCGUCUGGAACCACCCUUCUGGAACAGCAAAUACAAUGUGACUAUGCCUUCGUGAGGCCACCCCCAUCUGGGCCUAAAAAGGGCAGAGGGGGUGCGCGCGGCCGCAGCGCAAGCCCGGCGCGUCGUAGAUGA